GGCGGCGAAGAUGAAGAAAUUGGAGGAGGAGAUGAAGAGAGUACAACAAGAGGAGGAAGAAUGAAGAAAAGCUGCUAAAGCAGAAGCGGCAGCAGAAGAAGAGAAAGAGAGAAUGAGGAUUGAGAGUGGAGAAGAAAGCAGUGGUGGCACGAUGAAGAGGGAGACAAAUAUUGAGAUGGAGAAGAAGAUCAGCGAGUGGGUCGCUAAUUUAUCGUUGGGUGAAGAGGAAGAGGCAGAGUCCUAUGUGACUGAGGAUGAGAGGGCUGCGCUAGCCAGUGAGCUAGCAACAAUGACAGAUCCUAUGGAAAGGCGAGAAAGGGAGGAGGAGCAGAAAUUGGCAUGGAAGUUGAGGAUGAAGCGAGAGAAGAAGAGGAGGAGAGAGGAAGUGAGUAAAAUGACUGCUGAGGUGGCGAAGGUGCAAGCAUGCAGGCAGGAGGUGAUGGCCCAGCCGGAUGAUAAGGCCAAGUGGGACAAGGUACUGGGGUACUUGGAAGUGUUGAGCAAGGCCUGGAUGGAAGAGCGCCAGGCUAACUGGAGCCAAGAUGUAGCCUUGAGUGCCAUGCGGUCAGGGUUUAGAGACUUUGCGCACGAGAUCGUCACCCACAUUGGGGGCGAAGUCAAGCAAUUGAGAGACAAUGUAGGGAAGUUUUGUGAGGGCGCCAUUCAGGGUGCCAAAGCAGUAGCCGCUGUAGAGGGAGAGGCCAGACCCUGUAAGGACCCAGUGAAACUUACGUUCCCAGAUGCGUACGGGGGAAAGAAGGAAGAAAACUUCGACAACUGGGAAGCCAGUGUCAAUAGUUAUAUUUACUUGCAGCAUGUCCUAACAGAGGAACAAGUCCUCGUGGCCUUCGAGGCCCUCAAAGAUGAAGCGGCUAGUUUCGCCAGGUCUCUUGCGCGUAUAGCCGGUUGUGAAAACAACUUGGUUGCAUAUUCCAAAGUCACCCCUCUUUCCCAAUUCCUCAAGCUCCUCAAGGAGCGGUUCGCUGACCCAACGCGAGGCAUUAGAGCCUCUGACAAGCUGCAAACGAUCCACUCACGACAGUGGAGGAGUGCCAGGGCACUCAAGGGUACCAUGAACGACUUAGUGGCCGUCCCGGACCAUGGGGUCACUGAGACCCAGUUGGUCCAAUUGUUUUAUCGUGCCAUACCAGAGGCCCUGCGUGGGCAUUUCUUUGACAAGUCUCAACAGGCCGGCAUCACAUAUGAUGCAUUGAGUAGGGAAGUCGUCCUGUAUGAGUCAAAGUCCAUGCCAAUUACCACCUUCUGGCACAAUGACCUGGAGAAGGCAAAAGGGUGGAAAGGGCGUACCAUCUCCGGCCAAGUCAAGGCCAAGGAUCAUAGGAUCCUUACCUUAGAGGAAGGUGGUACUGAUGAGGUCCCAUACAGUCAGAUAGAGUGGGGCCUCAAGGAUGAUGGCAGUAGUGUGGGGCAAGGGAGGUCCUAUGCUGCUGUCGCGGCUGGAGGGAAGCCGCAAGGUAGAGGAGGAGGCCAGGGCCAAAGGGGCCAGGYCAUGGGAGGCYGUGGGCCGGGCGCACAGGGGGUUGGCGGACAAGGAAACCGCCAAGCGGGAGGUAGGGGUCAAGGUCCCCCGUUAAAUCACCAGGGUAAUCGGUCCCCACAGCGAGGAGGUGGAAGGGCACCUCAAGGAGGAUGGCACCCAGGCUUGCCACAGGGCAAGCCCUGGGAAGACUUGGGCUUGGACCAACGAUUAUGGCAGGAAUGCGUGAACAUGGAUUUCUGGGCACUCGAGGUGAGCUGUGCUAGCAGGAGGAAGGAGUGGCUUCAGCCAACAAGCAGCGCCAGGGCACUCGAGGUGAGCUGUGCUAGCGGGAGGAAGGAGUGGCUUCAGCCAACAAGCAGCGCCAGCAACGGCUGGGCUGUGAGAGAAAGAGAAAGCAGGUUGGGAACAGGGAAGGCAGGCAGCCGACAGGCAGUGAGUCCAUCGCGGGUUGGGCACUGGGAAGGAGGCCGGCACGAUGCCAGGUUGGGCGCUGUGAAGGGGGCUGGCGCCAAUGGCAGGUUGGGCUCUAUGGAAGAAGGCUGGUGCCAUAGCAGGUUGGGCGCUGAGGAAGAAGGCUGGCGCCAUAGCUGGUUGGGCACUGGGGAAGAAGGCUGGCGCCAUAGCAGGUUGUGCGCUAGGGAAGAAGGCUGGUGCCAUAGCUGUGCGGUGCUGAGAAUGAAGGAGGUGGUGCUAAAUGGGGUGAUCCUUGGGAAAAAAGAGGAAACUGUGGAGAUUGGUGGGUGACAAGGAGGAGCUCCAACGUGACAGACUCUUCCAAACGGUCAUCAGCAGAAAUGAAAGGAGCAUGAAACU